UCCCAUUCUUUGCUUAUUCAACACUUGCAAAUUCAAUACUUAAGCAUCACGGGAAAGAAAAUUCUCCAAUUUCUUCGUUUUCUCUCGUUUCCGUUCUUUCAAUCCCAAUUUUUCUCUUCUGAUUCUCUGUGUCAAGCACAUGGGUCCGAUCGUGCUGAGCCAGCUGGCAACCGGUCUGAGCGUGCUGGCAGGAGCGGUUAUCGUGAGAUCGGUGAUGGACAUGGACCAGAAGCCCAUGGUCGGCCCGGGUUCAAACCCUCGCUGCCAGACUUGCAAUGGAAUGGGUCGGGUCACCUGCAUCUGUACACGGUGGUCUGACAGCGACGCCGGGUGCCGAACCUGCGCCGGUUCGGGCCGCAUGGCAUGUAGUAGUUGCGGUGGAUCCGGAACCGGUCGACCCUUAACCGCGAAAAUUGCGAUUCGGCAGCCGAACCGCUCUUCUUAGAGAGAUGGCAGUUGCCAUCUUGAAAAAUAGGCAGUAUGAAAUGCAAAAAUACAACUCAAAUGAGACGUACAGGAUUCGAACCAACAGACUCUCGGUCCAACCGCGAUAGUGAUUUUUUCUAUUUUGAAUUUUCAUUUCUGGGGUUGUAAUGGAGAAUGGAGGAGGAGGAGCUGGAAAAAUAUGAGUUAGAUUGUGUAAUCAUUAUCGGUCCAAUUGAGACUCUUGUAGAAGCAUAGAAUUUUGACUCCUAUAUAUUUGGUUACUUUUCGUGUUCUUUGUUAAUUGAAUGCUAACUGUAUUUACUGUUUGCUUAAA